AUGGGAAAGAAGCACUUCCAGCUCAAGACUCAUCAUCUGAGGCAUCUAGUCACCCAUGUCGAAAAAGGCGGGAUUCUGGAAGGCCAUAGGGAUGUGCCAGAAACGGUACGCGAAGAAUUAUAUAUGGAGGAGCAAGAGAGGCUGGCAAAGAAAAAUCGCAAAGGCGGACAUGAAAACGGAUUACCGUAUCCUCCCAUCAACAUCAAUGUCCUGCCCUCGCAGCCUUCCGGCACUAGAUUGGAUGUUUCUGGGGCCCCAGCUACUGCUGCCGCGAAGGGUCUAGGCCCGCUUGAUAUCCCCGGGCCUAGGGACGAAGCAGUCAAGGAAUAUGGCGAGUGGCAGGUGUCGCAGGUCACUGAUGACACUCUUAAGACUGCAUUCCGACAAGUAUGCGAUGUGAUGCUCGAAAAUGGUCUCGAUCUUGAGCAGGUCUACAAGGAUCAAGACCCGGAGUUCUUCAUAGGCAAGGGCAUAAAGAUGGGCAUCGCUCGGCGGUUCGUGGAAGACAUUCAGCGAUGGGUCAAGGACGUGAAGAAAGCAAUCCCGAUUCAUGAAAUAAUCUAG